AAUUUUCAUAUGUUGACAGAUUCAUUUUCACUGAUGAUAGUGAACUUAAUAUUGAAUCAUUGAUUAAGAACUUGAAGAACAUGACAAUAAAGAAAUUGUUUAUAUUAUGUGUGACUAAGUCUCUCAUGUCUCUCUCUACUCUCUCUGUUUCUUUCUCUGCUGCUUUCUCUCAAUCUUCUACAUCUGCCUCUGUGUCUGCUUCUUUCACUCUCACUAUCUCUGCUUCUGUGUCUGAUUCUCUCACUUCUGCUAUCUCUGCUUCUUCUGAUUCUGCUGUCUCUGCUUUCAUUAUCAGCUCUCCUUGUUUCAAGAAGAUGUUGCAUAGACUUAAUAAAUCAUGUUUCUCAAGAAUCAUUCUCUCUCUCAACAGUAUCAAGAUUAUAAAUAUUCAUAUUUUCAGAAACAGAAAUACAGAUGUUGUACUCUUUUACACUCACAGAUGUGAGACUUAUACAUCUUAUCUAAGAU